UGUCAGCCAGCCAGUCGAAUCCGAAAAAGAGAAAAAAAUCGUUUUCAACGCGAAAAGUUUGUGCAACGCUGGUGUAUUUUGGAGAAAAAUCGAGAUUUUGGUGAAAAUUCGCUGUGAAUGCAAUGAUGCAGAGAUCGUCGAUGCGACACAUUGAAAGAUUUCCCGCGUAGUGGAAGAGCGUAGAACAUCGCCAUCGUUGUAUUGAUCACAAAAGAUUGUGAUUGGUAUACACUUAGCAUUUGACUCUGUUCAUGAUUGAUGAGAGAGCACUGCUGCUAUCAGCUGUGACGACGACUGUGGAAAAUAGGAGCAACAAAUCUCAUUUAUGAGUCACUAAUGCGUACGCGAUUAUCAGCGCUAGAGGAGGAAGCAACGUGAAAAUGUCAACUGCGAGCAGAGAAAAUGUCGACUUGGAGUGCUUCUUGGUUACGAAGCACUCGUGGAAGGGCAAGUACAAGCGGAUAUUCUCCAUCGGUUCUUGCGGCAUUUCGACCUACAAUCCAGAAAAGUUCGAUCUCACCAACCGAUGGCAGUACAAUGAGAUAGUCAGCGUGUUGCCAAACAAAUCUGGAAAUACAACCAAUGAGUUUGUGCUGAAUUUGCGGAAAGAUAAAAAAGUUGAUACCAUACGACUUUCCUCGGAGUAUCGGAAUGAAAUUCUCACCUCAUUGCUAAAGUUCUACAAGGAUUUUUCGGAAAAACCAAAGCAUAUUCUGAAAUUCGAUGCCUUCAAGCAUCAUUGGUCGGGUACUACGCUGCCUGCUGUGUUGGAAGUUACUCCUAGUUCGCUGGACCAACUAGAUCCAACUACCAACACUGUGUUGGCGAGCUACAACUACAAAGAUAUCGAUAACAUCGUAGGCAUUCAGGAUUACAAGGAUGGUAUUGUCGUCGCUUACGGUGGCCACAAGAGAUUACACCUGUUCCGGGUGGCCAACCACCACGAUGUGGUGCAGAUGAUAGUGAACAAUGCCCAGCAGUACUUGGGCAUUGACGUUAAGGUUUCGAAGAACCAAAUCACCCUGGAUCAGUUCGAGCGAGAAAGAUUUGGGGCAUUCAGUGGCGAUCAGCAUCAGACAUCGUUGUCGGAGUUCAUAGUUCAGAAAAUCACACCACGCCAUUCGGAGCCUAUGCGACGGAUACUGUGCCUAACGGACACCACCAUUUUGGAACGAGAUCCCCAAACGUACAGCGUUUGCACUCUGCGACCGUUGAUUGAAAUCUUUGGACUCAUCCGCUGCGAUGAUAACAUUCAGAAGUUCUCUAUCGAAUAUAAGAACGGUCUGACUAGAUCUUAUCUAACUAACGAUCGUGACUCUCUGCUGGCCACUUUGCUGGAUGCGGUUCGCUCAUGUGGCAAUCAGGAUGUGCACGUUCGAAUCUCGAAAACUCCCCGAGGCAAACGAGUCGGACCGCUGACUGCAUCCGUCGACGAAGAAACCGAGGCAAACCUGUUGCGCUACAUUAUUAGCUGCUACCAAUACCCAGUGAAGCGGUUUGACGUGUUGGAGCGAUUCAACGCAAACAUUCCAUACAGUGGACUGAACUACAGUGUUACUCAGGAUAGUUUAUUUUCAGAGAAUAAGGAACGUCUGAUAACAGCGGCACUUCAAGCCUUAGUUGGCGGAGGAACCAAAGAAGACAUGAAUCAGUUGAAUAAUGUUGAGCUAGAGGCGUCGUUCCACGUGCUUCGCAGGCUACUGGCAAGUAAAGUGGGCUUCGCAUCGUUUACCAACCAGCAAGGGUUUCGGGAAUGCAUUGGUCUUCGUGUAGUCCAUGCCCUCAAAAGGAACAAUCUUGCUGUGACGUAUGCGGCAAUCGACAUGAUAAACUCGCUCAUGCACCCAAUGCAUACGGAAUACGAUCUAAAGCAGGAACAGCUGAACAAAUCAUCUCUACUGCAUUCAAAGAGUUUUCUAGAGCAAUUGCUAGAUAUGUGGACAAAACACGUCAAUUUAGGAUCAGGAGCGCUAGUUCUAUCUGCAAUGUUGGAUUUCCUCACGUUCGCACUUUGUGUACCCUACAGCGAAACCACUGAUGGCAAGCAAUUCGACAUGUUGCUGGAAAUGGUGGCGACCCGCGGGCGGACGCUGUACAAAUUGUUCCAGCAUCCUUCACUUGCCAUUGUCAAGGGAAGUGGAUUGGUUAUGAGGGCAUUAAUAGAGGAAGGAGACACGGUUAUUUCGAACCAAAUGCAAACCCUGGCUCUGGACGAAGCGGCCUUAUGCCAUCAUCUGCUGGUAGCAUUGUACACUCCGGCACAUGAUUCCACAAUGGCGACCCAUAGGCAGUUGUCCCGGCAUUUGGUAGGACUGUGGAUCACAGAUCAUAAUGAUGCUAUGUGCUUGCUGAAAAGAAUAUUCCCGGCAGGACUGCUAUCGUUUCUUGAAAGUGAAGAUCCCGUACCAAAGGAGGAUACCGAAGAAGAUAAAUUGAAUUUCCGCGACAAUCUCAAGCUAGCAGUGCAACAUUCCAGUAGAAACAAGCGGCUGAAUUAUCUGAUAGAGAAGCAUCUUGAAGGUAUUAAGCAUUGGGGUCUGAAUUUGAUGGAUCGCCAGGAGAAAGUUCAGCAAACAAUGAAGAAUCGCCCAAUUGUGCUGCGCAAUCGGCGACAGAAGAAAAAGGUUGGCGAUGAAGUCGUGAACUUGCCACUGUUUUUCUACCAAUUCAAUAAGAACCAUGCCAUGCCCAAUCUGAUCUGGAAUCACAAAACUCGGGAAGAACUGCGAACUUCUUUGGAGAAUGAAAUCCGACAGUUCAACGCCGACAAAGACUUGGCGGGAAGUAUGCUGGUAGCGUGGAACUACGAAGAGUUUGAAGUAAAUUAUCAAUGUUUGGCUGAUGAGAUUAAAAUAGGGGAUUAUUACAUCCGGUUACUGUUGGAAAGGGACGACUGGCCUCAAAAUUUGGUGAAAAAUCCCAUUGAACUGUUCAACGCUCUCUACCGAAGGGUGUUGUGCCGAAACAGACUGAACGAUGAUCAGCUUACAGUCACAUCGCUUCAAGCGCUGGCCAAAGUUUACAAAAGGUAUUACGAGGAAAUAGGCUAUUUCAGCGAUAUGCCGUAUAUCCUUCAAAUGUUAGACCGGUGUUUAUCACCAGCACUAAGGGACGCUCUGAUAAUUUUGAUAAAGAACCUGGUUCUUCACAAAUCCAACUGCCGUCCAUUGGUGGAUCAUGUCAAUUGUUUAGUGGACCUGGUAACUUUAGCACAUUUACACACGGGCCGCGCGAUGCCCAACACCAAGACCAAUGUAAUCGAGGCUGGCCCAAACAUGAAGAUGCACGAGGAGAAAGAUUGGUAUUACAACGUGGAACGAGAGAAUGAGAAACCCGAGCGUUGCGGGCCAGUUACAUUCUCCGAACUGAAAGAGCUUUGGAACAAAGGUGUCCUAACGCCAAGAACCCGUUGUUGGGCUGUUGGUAUGGAUGGAUGGCGCUCAUUACAACAGAUUCCUCAACUCAAAUGGUGUUUGAUGGCCAAAGGCUCGCCACUAUUCAACGAAACAGAACUAGCUCAACACGUUCUGGACAUUUUAAUCAAAUGCACGAGCUUCUUUCCAAGUCGAGCGCGUGAUGGCGAAGCAGUUCUUAUUCCAGGACCUCGAUUAUCUCGCAAAUUGUCCGAAUUUAUUUGCCUACCACACAUCGUUCAGGUUUGUUUGACACAUGAUCCAGGCCUAUUAGAGCGAGUUGCCACACUGCUUUGCCAGAUAAUGGAAGACAAUCCAGAAAUGUCUAAAGUGUAUCUCACUGGAGUGUUCUAUUUCAUGCUCAUGUACACGGGCAGUAAUAUACUUCCCAUUGCUAGGUUCCUAAAGAUGACUCAUAUGAAGCAAGCAUUUCGCAGCGAAGAAACCACCUCUCAGUCAGGCAUUAUGCACCGUAGUAUUCUUGGGCAGCUGUUGCCCGAAGCAAUGGUAUGCUUUCUAGAAAACCACAGCUCCGAAAAGUUUGCCGAAACCUUCCUCGGAGAAUUCGAUACGCCGGAAGUGAUCUGGAGCUCAGAAAUGCGACGAAUGCUCAUCGAAAAGAUUUCCGCCCAUAUUGCCGAUUUCACACCAAAACUAAAAGGUCACACCAUGGCCCGGUAUCCGUAUCUGGCGAUCCCAGUCAUCAGUUACCCACAGCUGGAGAACGAACUGUUUUGCCACAUAUUUUAUUUGCGACAUCUGUGUGAUACUCGCAAAUUCCCGAAUUGGCCGAUUCCCGAUCCGGUUCAACUGCUUAAACACACUCUGGAUGCCUGGCGUAAGGAAGUGGAAAAGAAGCCAUCUCAAAUGACCGUUACGCAGGCGUUCGAAGAUCUGGGAAUUGAUUUAGUUAAAUUCCCACAGCCGGACGAAUCCGUCAUUCGAAAAAGUUAUUACCGGUUGGCUCAGAUGUACCAUCCCGAUAAGAAUCCAAAAGGAAGGGAAAUCUUUGAGCGCGUCAAUCGGGCCUAUGAGUUCCUCUGUUCUCGUCGGGGCAAUACAGAUGGGCCCAAUCCAAGCAAUAUUGUGCUGAUUCUGCGAGCACAAAGCAUUCUCUUCGAUCGAUAUGCGGACGUAUUGCAGCCCUACAAAUACGCCGGCUAUCCGCAACUUAUCAAAACUAUCCGUCUGGAAACGAAAGACGAGCAGUUGUUCUCGAAGACGGUCCCAUUGCUUAGCGCUGCCUCCGAAUUAUGCUACCACACUGUGCACUGUUCUGCGCUGAAUGCUGAAGAACUUCGACGAGAAGAGGGCAUUGAAGCACUGCUGGAAGCAUAUUCUCGAUGUGUUUCGAUCAUGGGAUCGGACUCACAAAGAGAUUCACUUCACUAUGAAGUCAUAUCGAACAUCACUCGAUGUUUCGAAGUGGCAUGUAGUUUCGAAAACUGUCGCAAAAAGAUUCUCGAACUGCCACAGUUGAUUGUGGAUGUUUGCAGGGUGGUAUAUUUUAAGCAUUCACUUUCGGUUAGUCUGGUCACGAGCCUAGCUGCCAACAACUACGAUCUGCAGUGCAAUCUCGUGCGAAAUGGCGUAUUGUGGUCUCUUAUGAUUUUCAUGUUUGACUAUGAUUAUACCCUGGAUGAAAGUGGUGUAUCGACAGAGGAGCAAUCGAACAAUCAACAAGUAUCGAACAACCUAGCAAAAUUAUCUCUGCUGGCCUGUGUAGCCUUGGCCGGAUAUCAAAUGACACUUUUGGAUGACCCUAAACAAGCUGUUCAUAAGUCUACACCUAAAUCGAAUCCCACCUCCCGGAGUGACUCACCACAACAGCUAGCGAUCAGAAGCAAUUCGCUAACCCAGUCACAAACCUACUCGCAAAAUGCAUCAAAUCUCAUACAGAACAAUUCCAGUUUGAUUCAGACGGCAGCAAUCAUCGAUCGUACGCUGCAGGAUAAGCCCGAAUCCCAACCGUCAGAAGCUACUUCCGGCGAACUGUUGGAAUGCGAGAAGGGAUUGAGCAAUAAAAAGUAUAAGAUAUCACCCACCGCGCCCGCCAAUGCAGUGGUUAAAAAAAUGCUAGAUCAAUUGCUGACGACGUUCGUGGCGAACAAGAUGGUUUCCGAUAAAGAAACGGAAGUUUUGAAGCUUCUUAAUUCCAACACACGAAAUCCGUAUCUAAUAUGGGACAAUGGUACGCGUGCACAAUUGUUGGAUUUCCUGGAGUUCCAGCGCACCAAUGCAUCCAAAGAGCAGUACGAGGACGUUGCAGACAUUUAUGAAAUAGUGAAGGGAUUGUCUUUCGACGCUCACAGGGACGAACUCAAAAUCGGAGGCAUCUUCAUCCGAAUCUACAACGAAAUGCCAACGUUCCCAAUCAUCAAUCCGAAAACGUUCGUAAUCGAUCUGCUGGAGUUCCUCAAACAGGCUUACAAUCACCUAACCGCCAAAAACGUAAAACCACUGCCGCCUCCACCAAGUGGCAACACCGUCAACAGUCAAGGUAUUCUAAUUCCCACUAAAACAUGGAAACCUCUUGUUCCGACCAAAAGCAACUCAGUGAACAGUAAUAUCAUCAACAAUAAUACAAAUACAGGUAGCCAACAGCAGAAACAACCGGACAUCAAUACCGUACUGAGUGAGUACAGUCGCGCAAGACAACGAAAUCAUUUGACUACUUCGGGAUCGGUUUCUUCGGAUGAUUCCUCCAAGACGUACGACUUCGCUUCGAACCCGAAUGCGAUAAACCACAUAGUGAUGGCAAUGAAGGCCCUCAUUUCCGUCAUAAAAUCAAACACCAAUGUAGAAAUCCAGUGCAUCGGACAUUUUGAAAUGCUGUUCGGGUUCCUCUCGUCCAGCUUGUGUGAUCGAGAUAAAAUAUUGAAAUCGCUGGCCCUAGAAAUAGUGUGUCUAGUGUCCCGCAAUAAGGAAUGUGUAACAGAAAUCUCGGCCUGCGAAAUAUUUGGCCUUUAUUUGAUUGCCUUGAAAGAUAAGGACCUCCGCGACAUGCAACUGAAAGUGUUAGAGACACUGUCGGGACUGCUCAAUGUUCCCAAAAUGAUCAAAGAAGGGCAUUCGAAGGGAGCUGUAAUAUAUUUGCUAGAUCUGUUUUGCAAUUCAAACAACCCUCAAAUACGGGAAUCCUGCGCUGAGUUGCUAUCGAAGAUGAACGCAGAUAAACUGAGCGGACCGAAGAUUCGUAUUACGGUUUGUAAAUAUUUGCCAUCAGUAUUUCUGGAUGCGAUGAUCGAUUCGCCAUCGGUAGCCGUUCAAAUGUUUGAAUCAACUCAUGAACAUCCGGAGCUGAUCUGGAACGAUCGAAUACGAAGCAGUGUAUCGGAUGCCGUGCAUGACAGUGCGGACAGUUUCUUCGCUCAGCAAAAGCAGAAUCCGAAAACCAUGUGGCGAGAUCCAGAGGUUUUGCCGGACAUUUGUUCCAGCGAGCUGGUGGUUUCGGGAGUAUAUUUAAGACUGUACAUUUCCAAUCCUGGAUGGACUUUACGCAAACCAAAGCAAUUCCUUGCCGAUUUAUUGGAUUUCAUCGUGGAAAACAUCAGCCGGAAUGGUGUUGAUAAAAAUAUCCUAGAUAUUUCAACGACUGCACUGGUUUUGCUGUUGAAUGCACAGCCAAAUCUUGCAGACUCGGUUCCAGUUUUGGGUCAUAUUCCCAAAUUUUUCCGUCAAUUAUCAGUUCAACCAAAAAGUGCACUCACCGUACUGCAUCAAUUGUCACUUUCAGAGAUUUGCGUGAGUGCCAUUUCCCAAACAGAUUGCAUCCUAGCGCUGAAGUCAUGCAUGGAGAGUCAUCGAGAACUAGUGGCUAUAUCGUGUGAGACAUUGAGUAGACUUUUCAAAUGUCAACAUGACUCGCUCAUACGACAAUCGUUGGAGUGUCAACUGAUCCCCUAUUUGUUAGGGCUGCUGGAGAGCCGCAUUGAAGCUACUACGAACCCAGCAAUGGUGAAGGCCCAAAUUGUGGCUGCAUUGAAAGCCAUGACAUCGAACCUUACCUAUGGGGAUCGCGUGGCGCACAUACUAAAUCAAAAUCCAGUGUGGGCGGAGUAUCGAGACCAGAAGCACGAUCUCUUCAUUACCGAUACCAAUGUCAGGGGCUAUUUAACAGGAGCGCCGAAUACCACCGCUGGAUACCUGACUCAGGGUCCUGCUAAGAACGUAGAGGUGCUGACUUCACCACCACCGAUUGAUCGGGAUGAUCCGUUGUUUUCGCGUGGUACCAGCAACGAUUCGUAAGUAUCACAGCUUAGACUCGUGUUGCUUUUCCGCAUCCUGCGAGCAGAACAUGUGGCCAGAACAAUUAGUCGUAAUAUUUCCCACACACGUGUGAACAACAACAUUGAACCAGGGUCGCCAUGUCGUCUAAAUAGUUUAUAGUCUUGUAAAUGAACUGAUAAACCUAAUGGCUAGUUAGUAUUCGAACGAGGAGAACUAAAAUGAUCUAAUAGUGACAUUGCAUUAUUCAUCGGUUAAUGAACGUAAUGACGUGUAAUAUAUCACCAGCAGAAAAUAGCUUAUAAAGUUUAACUACAAACUCUAUAAAUAAGAUAAUGGAUUUUUAUUAUAUUGUGAUAUUUUUAAAAUGUAAUUUAUAUAUUGAAGUCACAAUUACUUCGAAUGAAUAAAAGAACUAUAAACUAGAAUACAA